AAAAAAUAAGAUGGCGUCUCGAGAGAAAACCGAGCCAGUUUCAUCUAAAUCGAGUUGUAACAUACAUGUAAUAUUUCGGUUCGCAGAUUGGAUAGAUAUAGUUCUGAUGGUACUUGGUACGGUGGGAGCCAUUGGAGAUGGCAUGUCCACGAAUGUGGCGUUAGUGUUCGCAAGCAAGAUCAUGAAUAGCUUGGGCUACGGUCAACACAAUCCUCAUACUUUCAAGGACGAGGUUCAGAAGUGCAGCUUAUACUUUGUAUACUUGGGACUGGCUAUCCUGGGAGUGGCAUUUAUGGAGGGCUAUUGUUGGAGCAAAACAAGCGAGAGACAAGUUGAGAAGAUUCGUCGAACAUAUCUUAAAGCUGUUCUCCGACAAGAAGUUUCUUUCUUUGAAUCAGAAGAUGCUUCCAUUUCUGAAAUUAUUCACACCAUUUCCACUGACACUUCUCUCAUCCAACAACUUCUUAGUGAAAAGGUGCCCAUAUUCUUGAUGCACACAUCAGUUUUCAUUACAGGCCUCGUGUUUGCGGCAUACUUCUCAUGGAGAUUAACCCUAGUAGCCCUCCCAUCACUUCUUCUUCUUCUAAUCCCAGGGUUGAUCUAUGGCAAAUACCUUGUUUAUUUAUCUAACAAAUCCUACAAUGAAUACGCCAAAGCAAACUCAAUCGUGGAACAAGCUCUAAGCUCCAUCAAGACCAUUCUUUCAUUCACGGCUGAGACUCAAAUCAUCAAGAGCUACUCAGAGAUCUUGGAAAGACACAAGAAGCUUGGGCUAAAGCAAGGGUUGGCCAAAGGUUUAGCCGUGGGAAGCACAGGGAUCUCUUUCACCAUAUGGGCUUUUCUUGCGUGGUACGGAAGCAGGUUGGUGAUGCACAAACAAGAAACCGGUGGACGCAUUUACGCAGCUGGGAUCUCUUUCAUUUUGAGUGGCCUUUCUCUAGGGACGGCACUUACUGAGAUCAGAUAUUUCUCUGAGGCUUCAGUUGCAGCAGCUAGAAUAUGUUCAAGGAUUGAUAGAGUUCCAGAGAUAGAUGGUGAAGAUACGACUAAAGGGUUCAUACCAAAUGCAAAGAUCGAGGGAAGAGUAGAGUUUGAGCAUGUAACCUUUACAUAUCCUUCUCGUCCAAAAUCUAUUAUUCUCAGGGACUUCACUCUCAGAGCAGAUGCUGGAAGAACCGUAGCUCUUAUGGGAGCUAGUGGAUGUGGUAAGUCGACAGUGAUCGCAUUGCUGCAACGGUUCUAUGAUCCAACAGAAGGGUUUGUGAGGAUCGAUGGGUUUGACAUAAAGACUCUUCAGUUAAAAUGGAUGAGAGAACAAAUUGGUGUUGUGAGUCAAGACCAUGCUUUGUUUGGGACCUCCAUCAAGGAAAAUAUUAUGUUUGGGAAAGAUAAUGCAUCGAUGGAUGAAGUCAUUUCAGCUGCCAAGGCUGCAAAUGCUGAUGACUUUAUUACACAACUUCCAGAUGGUUAUGAGACACAGAUAGGUGAUCGUGGGGCACUUUUAUCUGGAGGUCAAAAGCAACGGAUUGCAAUUGCACGUGCGAUCAUUAGAAAUCCAGUGAUUUUACUUUUAGAUGAAGCAACAAGUGCACUAGAUGCAGAAUCUGAAACAUUGAUUCAAGUUUCACUUGAUCAAGUAGCAGCUGGAAGAACCACACUGGUGGUGGCCCAUAAGCUUUCAACAGUUAGAGGAGCGGAUCACAUUGCUGUGCUAGAAAACGGUUCCGUUAAAGAAAUGGGUUCUCAUGAAGAUUUGAUGACCAAGAACAACCAUUAUGCAAAACUCAUAAACAUUCAAAGACAAUUCAGCAGCCAAGAACAUCGACAAGAUCUUCAAGAUGGUGUCAAAACUCCUGAGGGGAGACAAUACUGGUCCGCCAGGAACAGUUUCAGUAGGCUAAGCAUUAGGUCUACACCUGAUCUCAUUGCUUCCCCUAUCCCCUUCGAGAGCAUUCACGCAGCAGAACCUGAUGAUAACCUCCCUUCCACUUCUUUCACUAGACUUCUUCCUUUGGUCUCCCCUGAGUGGAAGUCUUCUCUCUUCGGCUGCAUCUCAGCUGCAACAUUUGGUGCAAUCCAACCGAUUUACGCCUUAAACAUAGGCGGUAUGAUCUCUGCUUUUUUCGCCACAAGCUCAAAGCAAAUGCAGGACAGGAUCCGGAUUUAUUCCUUAAUCUUUAUCUCCCUCACCUUUAUCUCCAUGACCCUUAAUCUCAUUCAGCAUUACAGCUUUGCCAAGAUGGGUGAAAGGCUAAUGCAAAGGCUUCGUUUGAGGAUGCUUGAAAAGAUUUUCACCUUUGAACCGGCCUGGUUUGAUGUGGAAGAGAACUCUAGCGGUGAGCUUUGUGCAAGGCUUAGUAAUGAGGCAUCCACUGUGAAGUCCAUAGUUUCAGACAGAAUCUCCUUGCUCGUCCAGACCAUUUCAGGUGUCCUAAUCGCCAUGGUUAUCGGUCUACUAGUUGCAUGGAAACUUGCGUUGGUCAUGAUAGCUGUCCAGCCUCUCUCUGUCCUUUGCUUCUACACAAAGAAAGUGUUGCUCACCAGCAUUUCCCGUAACUACGCCUAUGCGCAAAACCGUAGCUCAAACAUUGCAUCAGAAGCUGUUUACAACCACAAGAUUGUUACAUCUUUAGGGUCAACGAAAAAGAUUAUAGAGAUAUUUGAUAAGGCUCAAGAUGAGGCUAGAAGAAAGGGUAAGAAGGCAGCAUGGCUCGCAGGGUUUGGGAUGGGAUCGGCGCAGUGCCUAACCUUCAUGACAUGGGCGUUAGACUUUUGGUAUGGAGGAGUGUUGGUUCAAAAGGGAGAGAUCUCUGCUGGGGAUGUGUUCAAGACGUUCUUUGUUUUGGUUAGCACCGGUAAGUUUAUUGCGGAAGCAGGAAGCAUGACUUCUGACCUUGCCAAGGGCUCAGCCGCCAUAUCUUCCGUCUUCAAAAUACUUGACCGUCCUUCACCUCAAGACAAUACAAACCAUGGAGCAAAGAUUGAGGCAAUAACCGGGAGAAUAGAGCUAAAGAAGGUUGAUUUCUCUUAUCCAAACCGGCCUAGUAUUCCAGUGCUCCAACAGUUUUCCUUAGACAUCAAGCCUGGGACAAGCAUUGGUUUGGUCGGUACAUCAGGGUGCGGGAAAUCAACAGUGAUCGCUUUGAUCCAGCGCUUCUAUGACGUGGAAAAGGGAUGUGUGAAAAUAGACGGUGUAGAUCUGAGAGAACUAGAUAUAAAAUGGUACAGGAAAUAUACUGCACUAGUGAGCCAAGAGCCAGUUGUUUAUUCAGGAAGUAUCCGAGAGAAUAUUUUGCUUGGACGGCCCGAAGCGGCUGAGGAUGAGGUUAUGGAGGCUGCUAAAGCCGCCAAUGCACAUGAUUUCAUCUCGGCAAUGGAGGAAGGAUAUGAAACGGAGUGUGGAGAAAGAGGAGUGCAACUAUCAGGUGGUCAAAAACAGAGGCUAGCUAUCGCUAGAGCCUUUCUCAGAAACCCUGUGAUACUUCUACUUGACGAGGUUACGAGUUCCUUAGACUCUGACUCAGAGCAGGCUGUUCAGGAGGCUCUAGCUCGGAUCAUGGCUAGCCGGAAGAUGACAACUGUAGUUGUGGCUCACCGCCUCAACACCCUGAAGAAAUUGGACCGCAUUGCAGUAAUUGCAGAUGGAACCGUAGUGGAGACAGGUAGCUACGACCGCUUGAAGAACAUGGGAGGCCAGUUCUCUAGACUUCUUCAUGCUCAUGAUCUCAAAUCUUGAAGAACUUUCUACAGAAGAAAGUCAAGGGUCGACUGAAUAAGAACAGUAUCGACUAAAUAAAGUUAUGUUGUAGUAUUUAAUAUGAAAUUAAAUACUAAAUGUAUCA